AUGAAGCGUAGCCAAAAUAUUUUAAAUUUGGCAUUAUCAUUAAGUGGAAUUCCAACUGAUCAAGAGGUAGCUUCGACUUCGUCCAAGGCAAAUGAUCAUGCUACGCAGAAAGUUAUUCCACCACAAGAUAAUAGCUAUUUUAUCGAACGCGGUGAAGACUUACUUUCAUUCAAAAAUAGUAUGCGGGAAAAUGCGGUUGUAAAUUAUUACCCAGAUUCCUUCACCUCAUCUAGUAGAAAAGAACCAUUUUCUCCUGACUUUUCGGAAUAUGUUCCUUCCGACCAGGAUGUUUCAAAAAAUAGUUCUCAACAUUCUUCAGAACAUAAUAUUCCUUUACAAGAGAUACCAACAGCUACAAACAUAUCUGAAAAUAAUACCACUCCCGAAGGGACAGCAAGAAAAGUGAAAAGGAAUGUUCCGAAAAAAACUAAUCCGGGUAGAAAUCGAGGUCAUAAUCGAAAAAACUGGAAACGCAACUUAAGUAAGCGAAAGAAAAAUUCGGGCGAAGAAUAUGUAAACAGAAGCGGAAUCUUAGUCCCAAAGAAAGUUAUGAGGAGUGGUUGUAAUAAUGCCUGUACUAGGAAGUGCAAAGAAAGAUUAAUGGAAACGACAAGACAUGCAAUUUUCAAAGAUUUUUGGGGUUUGGGCGACCACACAAGACAAGCUGAUUUUGUUUGUAGAUUUGUAGAUAGAGUUCCACGAAAACAAAUAACAGCAUCAGUUAAUGGACACUCACGGCGCCACUGGUCCUUUCAAUAUUAUUUAUAUGAAGAUGGCGAUAGAAAAAGGGUCUGCAAAAAAUGUUUCUUGAUACUCUGUGUAUUAGUGAUAUGUGGCUACAAACUAUUUACAAAAAAAUGGACAAAGAAGGCACUGGGCUUAUAG